AAUCUGAAAAAUAAKUCGAAUCAAUACUUUUCAAUUCGUUCCUAUCUUUCGGAAAACACCCAGAGUGAACACCACCUAUCACUUUGGUCGAAAAGGGACCAAGAUCCACAAGAUGUCCGYGGCAGAGACGAAAUCAGGCGUGAUAGGCGACGAGAUUGAUAACUUCAGGGAUCGACGUUGGCAAUGGCACAACGGCGUCCCGGACCACAGCAUCGCGGAUGGGAAGCUAACGGUCCGCCCCACCCCGAACAAAGACUACUGGUGCCGAACCUUUUACGAUCCGUUGUUGGUCAAGACGGACGCGGAGACCUUUCUGGCAUGGAUCGAAGCCGGAGACGAGGCUACCAUUGCCACGUCGUUCACGCUCGAGCCACGUUCCCAGUUCGACCAGGGGGGGAUCAUGGUGCUUGUCGACGAAGACACUUGGGUCAAGGCGGGGGUCGAGUACACCGACGGAAUCCCGCGAUUGUCCUGCGUUGUGACGAACGAGGGKUUUUCGGACUGGAGCACCCAAGAAAUUGGAAGCAAGGAGRGCACCGGGGGAUCUUCCGUCUCGGUCCACGUCCGCCUCAGCAAGCUGAAUCGUCCGGGAAGCGCACAAGGACCCUGCCUGGUAUUCGAGGUKGGAAAKGCGUCGGGUGAUARSAMUUCCUCCGCCGCGCUCAAGUGGACGCAAAUCCGCAUUGCYUCGCUGCGCAGCGGCAACAAACCCUGGGGAAUGGGCCUGUUUGCGAUCUGCCCGAUCGAAAACAAGGACUGMAGCGUUGUCUUUGAUCGUGUUCGGUUGGGACCAAAAGUAGUACCGGUGCACCAUACCAACGCGGGGGUUGAGUAGAAAUACAGGCGACAAAGAGAGAGGCUAAAGAAGCAUGCGACCUGGGAAAUCUUUCUUCGGGAGUCACUCUCUGAAAAUUUAAAUWAUGUAUGCGAAGAGUGGAUGGUGAAUUCMAAGAAAACAAAGUGACGGUGGCUCCUUAUCUUCAUUGUAUAGGGAUGGGUAUGUGGAARSGUUUCCAUCGAAUCUGGUACARCCAYUUURCURCAMUUCAGGAACCGAAAAAGGGYUUUCGCUAUGGAUGCAAGGAAGUGUUAAAGCAUGAAUCAUUGCUGGAACGGUGCCGAUGGACGAAAGUCUAUUACUACAGCAGCGAAUGGUUGAACAAGUCGGGUAAUGCAGAACAAUCGUAGUUGGUAUGGUAUUUCUUGGAGGAUGAUACAMGAACCAGUUUCACAUAGAUAAUCUAAAACUGGGAACUCUUCUACCGGUAAMUUUUUUGUUGCAAGAUCUUAUCUCUUUGAUGAAACACGUAGCACAAAACAAAUUUUGUUCGAUAUG